AUGGACUCAGUCAACUCCGUCACCCAUCGGCCAUGGGAAACCGUUCAUUCGGGCCCUGCGACGCCCGCAGCCUCGGUUCAAACCCUGCCUUCCAUCUCCACACUCACCGCGAACAUGAACGGCGCCGGCGUGAAUACCGCCGAAAAAUCACCUGGUAAUGCAUCUCUAAAUACCAUUGAGCGGGACUCUGGGAAUUGGUCAAUGCCGCAAAGUACAAGAUCCUCAACGUAUUCCACCGCGACCAAUGGAACAGGCAACAACUAUCCCUCGCUCACCUUUUUAACCUCGACAUCACAACCCUCGCCCAAUCGGGGUCAUAUGGCUCCUGCGCCCGAUCGAUCGCCUUACAGCCAAGAACAAUCUACCACUCCCUCCUCAGCCGGUGGACAACAGCAGCACUCUCCAAAUUUCAAUUCCUCGCAACCAAACCCAGCCCUCCCCUCAAUCAACCAAAACUUCGAUGCUUCAUCUCAACGAGGAAGCGUGGCCGAUAUUCCCGAGUCCCGCCGCAGCAGUGUGGACAGCCGUAUGAAUCAAGGCAUCAGCUCACUGGCCAUCAACCCAGCCUCACCCUACCACAGCACCAAUGCAUCCCAGGCCUCGAUCGUAUCGAGCCUCCAACGCGAACGGGGCAUCGCAACAGACAUGAAUUCCUACCGUGGGCCCAGAUACUCUGGAGGCAGCCAGCCUAUAUCUCCCAUGGACCCUCGCGCAAAUGACCAGCAUCGCGGGUUUGCAGCUGGACGUACGGCCCCUGCUAUCUCAUCUAACCCCCGGUCGGAUAUUUAUAACGCAGAGGCACCCACUGCGGGUAUGGCCUAUGCUUUCCCCGACCCAGACGUAGCUCGCUCAAGCUCAAUAUCAUCAACUGAGAACCCUCCCUUCUCACGAAAGGGUAGCACCGCGGAGUCGCUGAGCAGCUUAUACUCGGAAUCGCAGAUGCCCCGAGGCCAGCACGAAUUACCGCAAAACGCGCACCACCACCAUUCCUUACAACAUAAACAAGUACGCGAUCUAAUCGGAGAGUCAGAGGGCAACACCCCCUACAGCCGGACUCCAGAAUUACGUGUUACACAUAAGUUGGCCGAGCGGAAGCGACGAAGCGAAAUGAAGGACUGUUUCGAAGCGCUGCGUGUACGUCUCCCACAGGCUCAAAACAACAAGUCCAGUAAAUGGGAAACCCUCACCCGAGCCAUCGAAUAUAUCAGUGGAUUAGAGAAGAACCUUGGGCAGACGCGCCGCGAAGUAUCCGUACUUCGGACUGAAAAUGAAGAGCUCCGAGCGCAAUUGUCUCAACAACAAGCUAAUGGCGCCUCACGAACACCCUCAAUCUAUGAACAUCACCCUAUGGCUACUCCCCAGUCAAAUGGACAAGCCCAGCAACCUGUCUUUUCUGGAUUUGGGAACGGCAACAUGGUCACUCAAGAACAACCUCGUACCCUCCCCCCACUUAUGAACGGCUCAGUUGCCCCGAUGCAGGGAAUUGAGUACGAACGACGAUGA